ACAUCUUACUCCGCAUAAUUUUUCCACCAAAUCUUUCUUCUCAAAAAAAAAGUAACACCACAUUCAUGGAGGAUAUGCUUUAUCCAUUCAAUUACUAAUAUAUUUUCAUCAAAUCGUUCUUCUCAAAAGAAUCAUGACUUCCCUUCAGUUUCCAAUAAUCCCAUUGAAGCAAUCUUCACCAAUCUCCAAAUCCCCAAAACCACAAGCAACAAACUUCCAAAAACACCACCAAAUUCUUUACAAUUCAUACUUCAAACACAUUUCAUCUUUUUGCAAAGUGGGCAAGUUAGAAGAAGCUGUCAACAUCCUUGUUGAGCUAGAAUCUCAAGAUUUCAGCAUUGGCCCAGAUAUUCAUGGUGAUUUACUUCAAGGGUGUGUGUAUGACAGAAAUCUUUAUCUGGGUAUGCAAAUUCAUUCAAGAAUUAUCAAAAAGGGACAAACUUUAUUUAAAAAUGAGUUUCUUGAAACAAAGUUGGUUGUUUUUUAUGCAAAAUGUGAUGUCUUGGAUAGUGCUUUAUGUUUAUUUAGUAGAGUUAGUGACAAGAAUGUGUUUUCUUGGUCUGCCAUUAUAGCGGUUUAUUGUCGAAUGGGGUUGUAUGAAAUGGGUUUAUCUGGGUUUUGUGAAAUGAUUGAAAAUGGAUUUAUGGGUGAUAAUUUUGUGUUGCCAAAUGUGUUGAAAGCUUGUGGUGGGCUUUUGAUGUUAAGGUUUGGGAAAGGGGUUCAUGGAUAUGUGUCGAAAAUGGGCUUUGGAGAGUGUGUUUUUGUGGCUAGUAGUCUUGUUGAUAUGUACGGAAAGUGUGGGGAAUUGGACGAUGCACGAAAGGUUUUUGAGAGUAUGCCUGAAAGAAAUGUGGUGACUUGGAAUUCUCUGAUGGUUAGUUAUGCUCAAAAUGGGAUGUAUGAGGAAGCGAUGAGCGUGUUUUGUGAUAUGAGAAAGGAAGGGAUUGAACCGAGUGUUGUUACUAUGGUGAGUUUUCUUUCUGCUGCAGCUAAUCUUUGUGCUAUUAAAGAAGGUAAACAAGGUCAUUCAAUUGCAGUGUUAAACGGGUUAGAUGUAGGUAACAUUGUUGGUACUUCUUUGAUCAAUUUGUAUUCAAAGACUGGUUUGGUACAGGACGCUGAGAAAGUGUUUUGUAAGAUGAAAAAGAAAGAUAUUGUAGCUUGGAAUUUGAUGGUAUCUUGUUAUGUACAGAAUAGGCAGAUUGAUAAAACGAUAAAAUUAUGUCGUGACAUGUUAUUAGAAGGAUUUAAAUUUGAUUCCGUGACAAUGACAAUGAUUAUAACAGGUGCAGGCGAUAGCCAGAAUUUAUAUCUUGGAAAAUCGUCACAUUGUCAAUGCAUUAGAAACAACCUUGUAACUGAUGUAGCUGUUGCAGGCAGUAUUAUUGAUAUGUAUGCUAAAUGCAACAAAAUCAAGGAAGCAAGAAGGGUGUUUUCUUUGAUGGGAAAUAAAGAUCUUGUGUUGUGGAAUACAUUAUUGGCUGCGUAUGCUGAAAUGGGGUCAAGUGGUGAGACAUUAAAACUGUUCUAUCAAAUGCAAUUAGAGGGCGUGCCACCUAAUGUGGUUUCUUGGAAUUCAGUGAUUCUUGCGUUUUUGAGAAAUGGACAAGUUAAAGAAGCCAUGGAUUCAUUCUCAGAAAUGAAAUCUGUUGAUAUUGAGGCUAAUUUGAUUACGCAUACUAUUUUGAUCACGGGUUUGGUUCAAAAUGGGUUUGUUGAUGAAGCAGUUUCAAUAUUUCAAGAAAUGCAAGUAAAGGGGAUAAAACCAAAUAGUGUAAGCAUAGUGGGCGUGCUUUCAGCUUGUAAAAACCGCGCGUCUUUGCAACUUGGAAGAGCCAUACAUGGACAUGUAUUGAGGCAUGAGAUGCAUAUGAAUGUUGUAUUAGCAACUUCUAUGGUGGAUAUGUAUGCAAAAUGUGGGAAUAUAAAUCAAGCAAGAGGGGUGUUUGAUAUGAUUUUAGUCAGAGAAUUACCUUUGUAUAAUGCUAUGCUUUCUGGUUAUGCAUUACAUGGUUGUUACUCAGAAGCUUUUACUCUCUUUAGGCAGUUAAAGAAUGAAGGUAUAGAGCCUGAUAGCAUAACGUUCACUAGUAUUUUGUCAUUGUGCCGACAUUGUGGAUUAAUAACCGAAGGAUUAGAAGUUUUUGUUGAUAUGAUCACAAUGCAUGGCAUGAUACCAAGUAUGGAACACUAUGGCAGUGUAGUGAGUCUUCUUUCUAAAUGUGGACAUUUUGAAGCUUUUCAGCUAGUUAAAAGUAUGCCUUUUGAUCCUGAUUCGUACAUUUUAGGAUCUUUACUUAAUUCUUGUAAAGAACAUAAUGAAAUAGAUCUUGCAAAGUAUUUGACCGAGAAGUUGGCUCAUAUAGAACCGGGUAAUUCAGGAAAUUAUGUUGCCCUCUCUAAUGCAUAUGCAGCAAAUGGAAUGUGGGAUGAAGUAUCGGAUUUGAGGAGUUCCAUGAGAGAAAAGGGGAUCAAGAAAAAUCCAGGUUGUAGUUGGGUUCAGAUAGGAAGAGAAACUCAUGUAUUUGUUGCUAAUGAUAGAUCCAAAUCACAAAGUGACGAGAUCUACUCGACUUUAGCAUUAUUGAGAACGGAAAUGCAAGCGAAUACAGACCUUUGACCGGUGUUAAGCAAAACGAGUCAGUUCAUCUUUCUAUACCAGAGAUGGCAUAGAAACAUAUAUAUAUGCAUACAGCAAACAAAUUAUUGUAGUGAAUAAAAGGAAUAUAUUAUUCCGCGGCGUCCCUGGAAGGACUUUGUAAAUUGUGAUAGACUACACCCUCAGAGCUGCUACUAUUGAACUUAAGGUAAAUCGUAUUGACCCGAUGAAUGCUGCAAGUAGAUAGUAGAUACCCUUUGAUGAUCCUUGUGGGCUUGGACACAAUAGUUAAGCUCAUGGAGUCAUGGAUAACUAAUCUAGUGCCUGAAGAUGGUGGUGAAUGUAUUGACCGUCCUCCUGAAAGUACCAACUGGUAUGAGGAUGAUUCUGAACUGUCUCUGACUGGUCCAUCAAGUGGAUUUCUGGCACUCUGCAUUAUUUUGCACUUAAAUAAUGCCAUCGUCUGAGUUAGGAUAUGAUGUCGUUUCUGUUUGCUUAAUUUUCCAAGUUUUAAUUUUAUGUAUUAUUGGCUUAGAGUUUUUAAUCUUUUGUAAAAUCUGAGACUAGUAAUCGCCGUACAGCAUGAUCAUAACUCAUAAGUUCAUAACCCAGACACCAAGAUUCCAACUUUUAGAAUCUUGAGUG